CAGACGAUUGUUUGCUCAUCAUUUUUGGUUUCUUAAAUGAUUUGGAUGAUUUGGUGGAGUGCUAUAAAGUAUGCAGCAAAUGGAGCCAUUUAAUUGCAGAGCGAACUAGAAAAGUUAAAUAUUUGUUUGAUCAUGGAUAUUGGCAAAAUGGAAUGUUUAAAAUGGGCCCUCCAAGAUAUCCGUUCGAUUAUGUUUAUUAUUCAACAUGUUUUCCAAUUGAUGGAGACUGUCUGAGCACAUUAUUUCCAAAUUUAAUGGUUGCCGAAAUUUGUGAUAAAUUUCGUGUAAAAGUAGAUGAUGAAGAUAUCGUUACAUUGGUCAAAAAGAUAAAUCCUUUAAAAGGACUAAUUUAUGAACGUGAUAACGAAGAUGAAUCAAUUUUCCAAUAUUGUGAUCAACUCGAAAUGGUAUCCGUCUAUUGUGUUAAGCCAUACAUGGAAAAGAAUGGUGUUUGGAUUAAACAAUUGAAGCUAUGCAAUUAUAAUUUAAAUUCACUAGCGAAAGUUGGACAUUAUUUUCCAAAUCUUGAAAGAUUAUGCAUAAAUGUGCUAAAAAUAAGAGAGUUGGCAAGUUGGAUUAUAAAAGUAACUUUUGAAUACUUUUUUGUAAAUAUUUUUUGA